AUGGUACAGAAGCUUCUGCAGCGCGGUUGCCACAGGGGGAUGCUGGGGUUUGGGGGCUUGGAGGAGGCUCUGGCUGAUCUGGUGCUCUGUGAUCAGUUCUCCCCUGAACUUGCACUUGUCCGGGAGUUCAUAAAGUCAUGUGCUGAGCUGGUGCUGCUGAUGCUGGGUGAGGUUGGGCGUUCUCCUUUGGGGGCAACCAGCUUGGGGAGCACAGUGACUGGGGGAUGGCCGGGUCUGUGA